UGGGGCGGUUGUGUCGUGUUGCAUUUCAAAUUCGCGUGAUAACUUUCGUGAAAAUUUGUUAUAAACAAUUUUCAAAGAUUAUUCGUGAAAGUAAUUUCGAACGGAUGAGUGUGUCUGUGUUGUGUACAAAUAACAGUUUUUACGUGUGAUAAUAAAAUAUUGAAAUACUUGUGCUUUAUUGGAAUUUUUGCGAAGUGAAAAAAAAACCUAUUCGUUGGGAUUUUCACGGUUGUGCAACAAGUGUCCUAAAGUGAAAGUUAACUAAGUGAGUGAGUCGCAAACGAAAAAGUGAUAUUGCGUCGAAAAGUGCAGUGCAGUGAAGUAUGGCCUAGUCCAAGAUGGUGGUGUGGCGCUGUGACCGCGGCACUUGACGUUCUAAAAGAAAAUGGCGGACUCGAGUCCUGCCACAUCUAUCAUCGAAGGGACUGUGAAAUUCCGCGACGGAAAAAAGUGGAAAUCGCGAUGGUGCGUUAUGCGGAAACUGUCGCCCGUAGCAGAUUGCGUCCACCUCCAGCUCUACAAAGACCUGAAGGAGCGGCAUAAGAAUGGGCAGACGAAAGCGUCUCUGUCCCUCCAACAGUAUCUGGGCUUCGAAUCCGGCUUCACCGUCGACAAGGAGUCCAACACCCUGGCUAUACUUUGCGAAGAUGUGGUACCAGUACUCGCUUUCGACACCAGGGAAAUCCUCAUACAGUGGCGAGUGAAGAUGCAGCACAACCUGGGCAGCAGUAAGGAAUUCGCAGCGGUCAUUAUAUCAGCGCCAAGCAGCACCAACAUAAAGGCGGGCCCAGUGAGGCUCCAUGCGUGUGGACCCAGACUUGCACUCUGCGCCUCCCGACCUCCCGAAGUGCUGGCGCUUUGGGACAUCAAGUUGUUGAGGAGGUUCGGAAUGGUGGACAAGAGGUUCUGUGUUGAAGGUGGAUCGAGAUGUGGUAAAGGAGAAGGCCUGUUCAUCUUCGCAGCUGAGGGGGGUAGGGAACUGACGGAGCUCCUGAACAUCUACAGUCAUGAAGCACAUUCAAGGCUUAGUGUCGCCUCCAGGAGUGGAUCAGUUCUCGACAAGAGAUUCUCUGACACCAGCUCCUGCAUGGACGACUGUUUCCACCAGUCGAUGAGGUCGGUCUCGCCAUCCUGGGGCGCCCCGGCCAGUCAGACCAUGCACUGCUUGUCCGACCUCGACUCCAGCCUCGACAGUAACGAGGACAAAUUUAGAAGACCCACAUCCUUGCCGAGGUGUUCAAGCUGCAUUGGGAAAAUUAGUAAUCUAACUAGGUCGUCAACAAUGCACACGCCCGGGUCACUCAUGUCUCCAGUCUGGACGAUGGAAAACAUAUUAGAGAAGCGCUCGGAUUCAGAUCGAGCGUCCAUCUACUCCAGAUCCAGUGGGAGUGCGUCCGAGUACUCAGUGCCUCGAAGCGCAUGUCUUCUUGACAAGAGCUUCGACUCGAAACGUGCUAGCCCGGUAGCAUGCUGCACGCCUACCGUGCCAGUUAAGACUGGCAACACUUGCCAGUGCUGGCAACAACCCAAACCCUGCUGCUGCAGGAAGAAAACGUUUAAUGGACCUUAUGAGAAUUAUGACGUGCCAAAGACACCGAUGCCUUUAAUACAGGAACAUCCAGUAGAUCAGCACCCAGACGCAGCAAGUUUAUAUGACACACCAAAGAAACUGAAAUGUCUUUUGCAGCAAUGUGACUGCUCAAUGAACGAAACCAAAAAUGACGAUAACCAAACUCACGAGAACAACAACACAUGUGAUACUACUGUUAACAAUGACACCGAACACUCCAACUACGUUAACGUUACCCCGACAUCUAUUAAACCCCAGAUAGAUUUAAGCAAUUACGCUAAUAUAGACCGAGCCACUUUAGAAGAAUUUGAAAGUUCAUUACGUAUUUUACGUAGUGCCGGUUUCAGUCAAGAAGAACUCGAUGCUUUGGAAGAUAUACCGGAACACGAUGACGAUAUAUCCACAGCAACGACAAAUACCGUCCACCCUUCAACUGAAUGUUGUAACGAUCAUAUGAACUAUAUGCAUAUGGAGGCGCUAGAAAGCAGUCUGUCUAGUAACAGCAAAAACUUUUCCGAUAACAUCAGUCGAAUUAGUCACGUAUCAGAUCCUACGCAACAUUCUGAUACAGAUAACACUAUAAGCACGAGGCGCUCAAGUUCAGCGGACUUUACUAAGAGACAUGAUGAUGAUUACAGUUUGAAUAAUAGAGUUUGCUUUACGCCGACAGUCAUAAGGAGAACAUGCAAAAACGAUUGCAUUAAUGAGGGUAUACCAGUGAGGAAUAAUACUCCAGAUGGAUUUGAGAAGGAGAAAGUUUUCAAAUCGCCAGAACCAAAGACAGAUAACAUUUUCGUUGCUAAGUUUAAAGAUGUAGUAAAAAUUCGUAGAUCGUCGAGCGUUCCGAGUAAAUCUGAUAAAAAUAGAGAUUCCUCAAGUUCGAAUGAUUCUGGAGUAUCGACGGGAUCUCUCAAGCAUCAUAAGGGAGAUUUCAAUGAAUUCGAAAUGCCCAUCACCAAUGCCAAAUCGUGUAAGAAGCAUAAAAGCAAACUAUUCAGGAAUACUUUGACCCCAGUGCAUGGGCCAUUUAUAAAGUCCAAUUCGUCUGACCCUUUGAAAAACUUGUCAUUCCAGUUCGAAGAAGUUGCUAUUAUGGCCAAAUCAAAUUCCUGUGACGUUGACACGUUGACAAGAAGGAAGAAAAGAAUUGGUGAAACCGAUACAACGGCGCGUCACAGCCAGAUGACGAACAAGAGCACGUCCUCCGGGGCUUCGGACACUUCGGACUACAUGGAGUCACUGUCAGUGUCAUCUUUUAGCUCCUGCGAUGUUUCCGCUGACAGGCACGUCACCAGGCCCCGGUCUGGGAAAGAGUAUGCCAGCAUAGACAGGACAGCGUUGGUGUGCGAUAUUGGACCAGCUUGAAAACCAUAUUCUUGCCUUACAUUGGUAGAUUUGUAAAAAAAAACUUCGGAAAUCUUUUCUACUUUUGUCAAUAAAGUACUUAAAAACAGACAGUUGACGUAAACUGGAAAACUUUUAUCGGUAUAGUUCGUUUGCUCAAAUUGUUAUGAAAGGCGUCGGCUACUUCAAAAACGCGGCACGUUGGUACUACACACCCCUAGAGGAUGAUUACUUAGUAUUUUUACUUACCGUUGUAGUAAUCAAUGUAAAAACAUUAAAAUAAAUUGGAUUCUUAAAUAAAUUUCAUAUAGCUCCAAAGUAUCAUAUGGGUGUAAUGCAAAUUUUAUUUGAGCAGACGAACGUUUUGUUAAAUAUGGAGCAGUUACAUUUAUGUACGACUUACAUUUUGAAUAGUAUAGUAAUUUUUACUUUAUAAUAAUAAUAUCUAUCUUUUUCAGUACGAUUAUCAUUAGAAACUGUACACAAAUGUCAAAAUGCAAGAAAAAUAUACAAUCAUAUUAUGCCCAUUAAAGGCCACAUUAUUUUUGAAGUCUGGAUUCAAAAAUCCAUUUUACAGUCUUAUUCAAACUUUCUAUUGUUAUUCAAAAGCCUCUUACUUUAAGUUCACACAACUAAAUAAAUGUUUCGUCUAAAACAAGAAUCAAUCGCACGCAAAAAUACAGUUGUUCCUAUGUACAUAGUUAAUUGUAGAAAAGAAUUUAUUAUGGUGUUAGAUGUAGUUCAGACGAAUUUAGAUAAAAUAUACGUUAGCGUGCCAAAAAUAUUUGCGUGCUUUCAAAACAUGGGCCCUUUUUUUUGGCUUUAAUAUGAAAUGCACUUUUUAACUCCCAAACAUCAACCUUCAUACUAAAUCAAUCAAUUUUGUUGUCAUAGAUUACCUAUAGGUUUUGUUUACAAGUACCAGCUUUUAAAAAUAGAAAUAGAGUAUUUCUUUGACCUAUAAAAAGGAGUUCCUACAUAUUCCUACAUAUUUAAUCUAUUUUAUGUGCUUUUUGUAGCACAUGCAGACGUCAGUGAGCACAUAACAAUUUUCAUUUGAUUAAAAAAAAAAAUAAGGACUACAAACGUCCAAAAUUAUGGAGGGUAGAGGUAAGGAGGAU